AUGCCCCCAAAGCAAACGAAGGGAGAGUACAUCGAGACGGUAUGCGCGCGCAAGAGAAAUCCCACUCCUUCAAACAAUCCCACAAUAACAACUCACGCGGUGAUCAAAAACAUGACUUAGGACACGGGGAACAAAGUAUCCCGUAAAUCCGUCAUUCUCGGAUCUCAAAAUAUCAUCCUCGGCGGAAAGGUGCCCAUCACCUUGUCAAUCUACUCUUUUGGCUCGAUAUGGAAGUUAACUGGGAAAUGUGGGGGGGUCGGAGGGGGGAUAAGAAAAGACUAUUAUCCAAGCUGAUUGCACCAUUCGCGGAGACCUUCGUCGUACCGUUGCCCCAGGCCAGAAUAGUGGGAACGUCGCGAUAGCCGUCGGUCGUUAUUGCUUUCUCUCCCGAUCCAGCGUUCUGCGACCUCCUGGGAGGACGCAUCAAAAGCCAGUACCUACCUAUGUACCACAUGGGCCUCCGGCUGUACAAGGAGCUGACUAGUUGCCGCUGUGUAGGACUUUCAGCUACUACCCUAUGAAAAUUGGAGAUCAUGUCUUCGUUGGUGAAGGUUGUGUGGUCGAGGCUGCGUUAAUUGGCUCCUACGUUCACAUUGCCAAAGAUUGCGUUAUAGUCGGUUUCUCUCGCCAGUCUUUUGACUUGAUCCUCGAACUUACUGACUUGUCAUCAUCAAACACAGGGUAAGUUUGCGAUUAUAAAGGAUUGCGUCAAGAUAGAAGAGGGCACUGUCAUAGCACCAAAUACUGUUAUUCCCUCGUUCUCGCUUGUUUCAGGGCGUCCGGGCGUAGUAAUAGACGAGUUGCCGGAGACUGCACAGGAGGGGCUUGAGUGUAGGUCACCCAACCAUCUUAUGAGAUCUAUACGAUAGCUGGUGUGCAGACCCUAACUAUUGACUAGUGAAGAACAUAUACCGGAUGAUA